AUGUUGACCGAAAUGAAAAAAUUCUGCUUAGCUUUCAAACUCCCAUUCGACGAAAAUUUGUUUCAACUAUCAAAACCUCAAAAUCCAAUCCAUUUACAAGAGUCCAUAACUACAGAGUUAAUAACUAUAACAGCCAAGUCCAGUUUAUCUAGACUUACAGAAUGCACUGAGCCCAAUUCUAUAGACAAUGAAGAUUCUACUAGAAUCAUAGACGGGUCUCCUAUACCCAGUUUCAGAAGCAUUGAAGUCUUGCCAGGUUUUGAGAAUUUAGAUACAAAAGAAGAUGCGAUUGAACCUUCAAGUAAGGAUGUUUCAACACAAAAAGAUCUACCAAAGGUUCUACAAAAACCAACCAUAAAAAUACAUCUAAAAAACUCCCACAUCAAACAGGAGGACUAUAUUUUGCUGGAGUGCCCUGUAUAUAUACCCAGGAUAAUUUUUGAGAGGUCCAACAAGGGUAAAAAAGUUAAAAGAAGUGUGGAUAAUAUCAGGAUAGAUGCCAGUGUUUCAAAAGUAGGAAUUAAAAGAAAAUAA